AUGUCAUUUUCAUUCGCUUCCUCAAAUCCCUCCCAACAACAACAAUCAUCAAAUAACACCACCUCAGGAUCAACAACCUUUCCUCCAUCUUUCUCCUCUCAACCCAACACCAUCACUCCAUCCACUUCCUUCAGUUUUGACUCUACCACAUCCAACAAUGGCUUCGGAAGCAAUACCACUCCUAGUUCUUUCUCGUUACCAUCAUCCGAAACAACCGCAACUACUGGGUUUAAUUUCUCAUCAUCUGCAAGCAACAAUCGACAAGAAGCCACAACAACCACAGGUUUCAACUUUGGUGCUUCAACAACAUCACAAGGAGCUUCCAGCUUUGUACCAACUUCCACCAACACAACCCCAUUUGGUUUUGGCCCACCUCAGCAACCUACCUUUUCAGCUCCCUCCUCUAACUUUGGGAACACGAAUAGUUCUUUUGGAUUCAGCUUUGGAACUUUUUCAAACAAUGAUUUUACUUUCAUCAACAAUCCCUUAAAGACCAAUGACAUUCCCUUCAAUGAUCCCUCUCAUUUUUCUGAUCUGGUCAUUGAAAUUAUAGUCAAUAAUCAUGGAAAUGGUUAUUCCAAUCUCUAUAAUUCCAUCUAUGCUCAUAGAAUUAUUAUUUGUGCAGCCAGUGAGGUUCUGGUCCGAAUGAUCAAACCAAAAGGUGAAAAGAAUGUGAUUGAAAUUGUAUGCUCAGACACUUCAGAAGCUUUCUAUGCUCAGACCAUGAUUGCAUGUCUCUACAAAUCUUGCAAUAUCAGACUUCAAGACGUUUUUAUCUUGUACGAUCUCUUUGAAAAGUAUGGAAUCAAUUCAUGUAAGGAUGUCAUCAAUUCCAAUAUGAGAAACCAGGCAGAGAGAAAUCAAGAUGCAGCUUUGGAAUGUCUCAAGUACGUUCAAAGAGUCCCUCUCACAAAUAUUUCUGAACCAUUGUUGAGCUUGGUGUAUACUUCUUUGAAUUUCUUCAAACGAAGAAUUUCUUCAGACGGGUUUACCUAUCAAAUGGAAGAAGCACUAAGAAAUUUGGACUAUUAUUUCAUUGAAAGAUAUGUGAGAAUGUGCUGUCAAAGCUUCCAGGCCGAUGUUUCCAUUUUAAACUUGGUGAAUGCAUGGGUCAAAUCAAAUCUCGAGGAGCACAACAAGGAGAGUUAUGUCAUUCCAAUAGUUGAAGCAUUGACUUCUCAGCCAAAAACUGGACAGAUAGCUACCCAAUUGAUUUCUGUUUUGAGCUGUGAAGCAUCUCCUUAUGAAUUUUUAAGUUUAAUCAGCGCUGAAAGACGAUUAAGGAUCAUCAACAAACUCUGUAGUUUCUUAGUAUCAACAACAACAACAAGUACUCCUUCAUUCCCUUCUUCUACUAACGUCCAAGCACCUGUUGGAUUCUUUUAA